AUGGACGCCCUGCGGCGUAAUUCUGACGCCUACAUAUCGUUCCGGACGACUAUGUCUGUGUCUCUCAGCUCCUCAUCUCUUCUCCGUCGUGCCCAAAAGCCCCUUUGCACACAUCUGACUUUUAGUCCCUGUGUCGAGCUAGACCAUCCCAUCGAAACGACGACGACAUCCCUCGGUGUCCCAUGUACACAGUCUCUUUCGCAUUCAUGUAUUCCUUUCCCGUUCCCGAUUUUCUUCCUCUCAUCCUUCUCCCUCCUCUUUUCCUCCUCAUCCACUACACUCUGCAUCAGGCGGCAAUCUCUUCCAUCCCGGGACCUUGGCUCAUCUCCUCCCUUAGCCCCGGUCCGGUCCGCCGUCUCCUGA